AUGACUGGUUUCCUGUUUGAUUUACAGCACUUAAAUAUCAAGACACUGACAGAUGAUGUGUUGGAUAGAUUUGCCAGUAUAAGAAUUCCAGGAAGUAAAAAGGAAAGACCUCCUCUGCCGCAUAUGAAGCAGUCACAUUCUACAGAUUGGUCAUCCACACCUAUGGAUGCAGAGGAUUUUGCUCCAAAACCCCUGUCAGAAAGAGAAAUCACAGCGCUGUUUGAAAAAAUGAUGGAAGAUAUGAAUUUAAAUGAAGACAAGAAGAUGCCGUUGAGAGAAAAGGAUUUUAAUACCAAAAAAGAAAUGGUGAUGCAAUAUAUUAGCACUGCUUCAAAGUCUGGAAGUCUCAAGAACAGUCGGAAGAUUUCACCCCAAGAGUUUAUUCAGGAGUUAAAAUCUGGGUCAACAGAUGAAAGACUGGUCACCUGCUUAGAAUCUCUCCGUGUGUCCUUGACUAGUAAUCCUGUCAGCUGGGUUGAAAACUUUGGCCGAGAAGGUCUGGGCCUGCUGUUGGAUGUUUUGGAAAGAUUGGUUGAGACAAAAAACCAGGACAAAGUUGUGAAGAGGAGUCAGCAUAAGGUUAUACAGUGUUUGAGAGCCUUCAUGAAUAAUAAGUAUGGAUUGGAAAGAAUUCUGGGAGAAGAGAGAAGCCUUUUGUUGCUGAUCAAAGCAAUUGAUCCCAAGCAAACUAACAUGAUGACAGAUAUAGUUAAACUCCUUUCUGCAAUGUGCAUUGUUGGAGAGGAAAACAUCCUUGAAAAAAUUUUGGAAGCUGUAACAGCAGCAGCAGAGGAAAGGAACGUUGAUAGAUUCUCUCCUAUUGUAGAAGGUCUCCAGGAUAACUCAGUUCAGCUUCAAGUAGCUUGCAUGCAGCUCAUCAAUGCUCUCGUUACAUCUCCUGAUGAUUUGGAUUUUAGGCUUCACAUCAGAAAUGAAUUUAUGCGCAGUGGAUUGAAAGAGAUAUUGCCACAAUUGAAAUGCAUAAAGAAUGAAGCACUAGAUAUUCAGCUGAAAGUGUUCAAUGAGCAUAAGGAAGAAGACAUGAUCGAAUUCUCUCAUCGUUUAGAAGAUAUUAGAUCUGAACUAGAUGAAGUAAAUGAUGUUUACAACAUGGUGUGGAAUACAGUUAAGGACACUAGCGCUGAAGGAUAUUUUCUUUCUAUUCUCCAACACCUUUUGCUAAUAAGAAAUGAUUAUUUUAUACGUCCACAGUAUUUCAAAUUAAUUGAAGAAUGUGUGUCUCAGAUAGUGUUACAUCGAAGUGGAACAGACCCAGAUUUCACAUAUCGCAAAAGAUUAGAUAUAAAUUUCAGCCACUUAGUAGAUAUUUGUGUAGAUAAAGCAAGAUUAGAAGAAUGUGAAGAGAGGGCUUCUGAACUUUCCAGAAAAUUUGAAAAAGAUUUUGUAGUUCAUCAGGAGACCCAGGCCCUACUGCAAAAAAAGGAAGAAAGAAUCAAUGAACUUGAAGCAGAAUUACAAGCUUUUAAAUCGCAGUAUGGCUCCUUGCCACCUGGUUUUCUACCCUCAACAUGUGGAGGUGCAUCUGUCGUUUCACUGGAAGCUGCAGGACCACAUCAAAUGACGCCUCCUCCUCCUCCACCUCUGCCUUCUAAUGGAGCAAUUCCACCACCGCCGCCGCCGCCUCCUCCUCCUCCACCACUUUUGAAUGGCUUGGGAAUUCCUCUCGCUUUUGGUGGUGCUCCUCCACCACCGCCUCUACCAGGCCUGCCUGGAGCACAGUGGUCUCCACCGUCAUGUACUUUGCCAUUUGGAAUGAAGCCUAAAAAAGAAUUCAGACCUGAGGUUACCAUGAAGAGACUCAACUGGUCCAAGAUCAGGCCUCAGGAAAUGACAGAAUCCUGUUUUUGGGUUAAGGCGGAAGAGGACAAGUACGAGAAUGCUGACAUGCUUUGCAAAUUGGAACUUACCUUUUGUUGCCAAAAAAGGGGAUGUGACCUGAAUUCUCCUGAAGAAGUAUCACUAAAAAAAGAGGAAGACGAGUUUGAGGAAAAGAAAUCCAUUAAGAAACGAAUCAAAGAAUUAAAAGUUUUGGAUCCAAAGAUUGCACAGAAUCUGUCAAUUUUCCUUGGCUCUUUCCGAGUGCCUUAUGAGGAAAUCAAAAUGAUGAUAUUGGAAGUAGAUGAAACACAGCUGUCCGAGUCCAUGAUUCAGUCCCUACUGAAACAUCCAAGAAAGAUCAAGUUAGAUUUUCAGUAA